CGUCCCGUCCCACGCCGGCGAUGUCUCUCCUCCACCUCCUAGGUCUCUCCCCCACAGUCCCACGCCGCUGCCCCUCACCGGCCACGGCCGUCCCGCCCCCUCCGUGGGCCAUCAUCGAGCGCAAGACGGCGGUGGCCAAAGGGACGGGGCCGGGCGCGUCCUUGUGGCUUCGCUGCCCACCGAACCUCUCUCGCCUCGACUUCCCGAAGCACCUCGUCAGGACCAGCACCGACCCCGACCACGGCAGCGACGCCGUCCAGCCAAUCUCCGGCUCCCUCCGCUCCGCGAGCAGCGACGGCCUCCUCCUCCUCUCCUACAUCGUCCCUGGCCAAGGCGCCCACUUUAAGCACUUCGUCUGCAACACUGUUACCGGCGAGCUAUCCCGCCUCCCGGACCCCAGGCCAUCCGACCCUGUGCAUGAGGUCAUGUGCGGCCUGCGCAUGGGCCUCCUCACACGAGCCGGGCCCGGGGACGGUCACGACGGGCCGCCCGACAGGUUCGCCGUCGCCGAGCUGCACGGGGACCAGAUGGUCCGGUUUCUCUCGGAAACGGAGGAGUGGGAAACCGUCCCCGUCUCGCCGUGCCAGCUCCCGGACGCGCGGCGAAUGGUGCUGGACCACGAGGUGGUGGCCUUCGGCGGCCGCCUGUGGUGGCUCGACGUCACCUGCGGCGCGAUCUCGGCCGACCCCUUCAGCGACCGCCCGGAGCUCUGCUUCGUCGAGCUGCCCAAGGACAGCGUGCUGCCUGCAGCCGCACAGGACGGCAGCGACCGCGUUACACCAUCCAAGCACCGGCGCCUGUGCGUCAGUGAAGGCCGGCUGCGGUACAUCGAGGUCUCUCCAGACGAGCCCUUCGUGCUCACCACCUUCGCGCUCGAUGAAGAGGCCAGUGGCUGGACGCUGCAGCACCGGCUAGACCUCAGCGGCUUCGAAGCCGACCACUUCGGCCACCCGUGGCUACCCCUAAAGGAGGGGAAUACGCCACAUAUUGGGUUCCUAGACCCACUUAACCACAAUUUGGUGUACAUGUCGGCUACCAUUACUACUCUUGAGGGUACGCCACGAGUUGUCUUCCUCGUGCACAUGGAGAGAGGGGAGGUGAUUCAGAGCUACGCGUAUGAAUCAGACAACCCCUACUUCCUGCCCUGUGUUCUUCCACCCUGGCUUGGAUCCAGCCAGAUCCCUGCUGCAGGCAAGAAGGACGCCAAGAAAAAACAAGGUCAUGGUCUGGUUCGUGCAGACGUUCCGUAGAAGAGAUGAAGGUACCAAUUUAGGUUUCUUAAAACUAACUGCUGCUGCUCUAAUAAGCUAGGAGGUUGUUGGUGGUAGCUUACUGAACUAUCAUUUUGGGAAUCUGCAGUAGUCAGGCCUGUUGGAGUUUGCCGAUCGACACACCAUCUCUCGUUUCGGUGGUAACGGGGAGUUUUUCAGACUUUUGGUUGGGUGCUAAGAUAAUUCAGCGUGUAAGGACUAUCACAGAACAUCUUGUCAUCUGCACUACAUUCACGAUUUGUUCCAACGGAUCAGUGUUUGCUGCUGUAAGUUAUUUAUGUUUCAUGCCAUUUCGUGGUAUAUUGUU